GAUGCUACCUGCGUGACGGCCUAUGUGACCUAGUAGCAUGGCUGUCAGUGGCAACUUCGAAGAACCGACUUUCGCGAAUUGGCUUGAUGAUCUCAAGGCAGCGUGCCUGGAGUUCAUCGGGACAACCACCUUCCUUCUCCUCGCCUUCGGCGGCAUCCAAGCGGCCAACGAAGAGACAGUGUCGAGUUCCGGAGCAGGGACGUCCGAUGUCCAACAUGUCAUGUAUAUCUCCCUCUCGAUGGGCUUCAGCCUCCUCGUCUCUGUCUGGAUCUUCUACCGCGCCAGUGGAGGAGUGUUCAACCCGAACAUCAGCUUGGCGCUCCUCCUGACUGGCGUUAUUGGUCCGUGCCGCUUCGUGCUGUAUUGCAUAGCACAACUACUGGGCGGCAUCGUCGCUGCUGCACUUGUCCUUGCGUUGACUCCUGGAACACUUCAAUCAGUCACGUUCCUUGCGCCCGGUAUCAACCCAGCGCAAGGUGUAUUCAUCGAGAUGUUCAUCACCACCGCUCUCGUGCUCGCGGUGCUCAUGUUGGCGGCGGAGAAACACAGCGUCACACCGUUUGCGCCGGUCGGCAUUGGUGGGCGGUACUAUACAGGAGCUGGUAUGAAUGUGGCUCGUGCCUUUGGCCCUGCGGUCGUCACAGGCUUUCCUUACGGGACACAUUGGGUUUACUGGGUGGGCGACGGUCUUGGUUCACUCCUCGGCGCAGCCCUCUUCAUCAUCCUCAAGCAGAACCGUUACUGGCGCCUGACUCCGGGGCAAGACACGACUGACCACACCCUGUCGCCCGUCGUGCCGCUACAGGACGGAGUUCCCAUUGGCCGCCGUUCGGGCUCUCGCUCCUCCAGGCGGUCGGGAUCGUCGCGCCCAGGCAAUGCUGCCGAUGAUACCUCGCGGCGUGAGAAGGACGCUAUUGCGCGCGCGAAUGGUGACGCCAGUGCCGCGAAUAUUACCUCGCAUGGCCGGACGCGCGUCAAUGACAGCCCGGUAUGAGGGCGCUGUCUAUCAUCUGGAUAUCUGUAAUUGGGAACGAACCACGGACUGUCUACUUCGACCGCCGUCAUAUGAAUGAAGCAGAUCUUCCGGGCUACGAAUCAGGUGCCAACGGGGCAUGCAAAGUACUAUACAUUAUACUCAUGGAACGGUGCCCGCUGGCCUGUGACAACAUCUAUUUUCUGGCAUUCAUCACAAUGUAUCACUAGCACCUUUCCUACAUUAUAUCUGUAUGGCUACCAAGUUUGUCAAUGGAAACCAAAUGGAAACUCA